UGGUGAAAGAGAAGCAAGCGUUUAGUCACUCGUUCUUGUCCUCCUCUCUUCGCGUUUCAAGCAGUUCCGCAUUAAAAUGGCUCUCUAUUUGGAAGACAAACAUAAGAAAGCUAUAGUUAGAUUAGAAAUAAUAAAUAAAGAUACAAAAGAAUUCAAUGAACUUGGGUUUGCUACAAAGAUAUACAUGCCAGAGAAAGAAGAUAUAGUUCUCAUAACAAGUCCCAGUAUCUUCCCAGAUGGUAUAGAUGCACAUUUGGAUGAAAUUGUGGUUCAUCGAUGGAAGCCAAAACCCAAGCAGAAGGAUCCAGUGAAAGUUAAGAGUAUUGAAAGUCAUAAACAAGCAGAUGUUAACACAGUUGUGUUUGAAGGGGAGAAGAAGUAUUCUCUGCAAUAUAAAGUUCUUACUGAGAAAGAGAUAAAAAAACACAGGAAGCUGACUGCAUGUGUGUUUGAAGGUGAAUUGAAAGUAGAGCUGCAGUUUGAAAACCAAGGAGGAUCAUACAAGCUGAGUAAUGUAAGCAAAGAAGGCUUUAAUGUGAAGAGAGCUAAAGGUGCACCAGUGAUUAUUAAGGAGUAUUCACACCACAUUCUUGGUAUUCCAAGAUAUAAUCAUAAGAUUGUUGGUGUACUGUCCAUGAAUAGUAAUGGUGACGUGUAUCCUGCUUUAUUCAAAGAUGGGUUUUUAGGUGAGACUUCUUAAAAUUUUCUUUAAACAAAGUUUGCAUAAUUUAUUUUAACAACGUUUUAUGAAACAAGUGCAUACCUCACACCAUAUCUCUCGAUCACAAUCCGAAACAAAAAAACACUAAACUUAAAAACCCACCAGUCUUUAACCCUUUGACUCCUGGGCAUUUUUUGAGUUUUUUAGUGUUUUUCUGGACCUAAUCGUCCUCCAAGCCCUAGCAAAACCAAAUUUGGAGUUUUGAUUGACAUUAUCAUUUUUAACUC